UUCUGACUAUCAUAUCAGUAAUUCAUUACUGAAUACUGAUAUGGAGUUGAGAAAAGGUGCAUGGACCAAAGAGGAAGAUCAUCUUCUCAGGAAAUGCAUUGAAAAACAUGGAGAAGGAAGAUGGCACAAGAUUCCUCUCCAAGCAGGCUUAAAGAGAUGCAGAAAGAGCUGUAGAAUGAGGUGGUUGAAUUACCUGAAGCCAACCAUCAAGAGGGGAGAAUUUGAAGAUGAUGAAGUAGAUCUAAUGAUUAGGCUUUACAAGCUUUUAGGAAACAGGUGGUCAUUGAUUGCUGGCCGACUUCCGGGAAGAACCUCAAAUGAUGUGAAAAACUAUUGGAGUGCUCGGCGAAGGAGAAAUAUGGAUUUGAACAUCGUAAAAGAUAAAUCUCGAGAAAUGACAAAGACCACUAUAAUAAAGCCUCGACCACGGAUCUUCACAAAAAGUUUACAUAUUCCGGGUGAUAGAGCAGCAACCUCAAAGAAUAGUAAUAUAAACAUAUCAUUACCCCCAGUAAAUGGACUUGAUGAGUGGAAAAUUGUACCAGCAGAACAUGUCCCUACAAACUUAUGGGUUCAAGAUAUGGCCUCAGUGACCGAAACAUGUGUCAAUGUUGCCGAACGAAGUUUCGAAUCUGACCUCUGGCAUUUUCUCCAAGAAGAGAUGAGAGAACAAGAUUCAGACAUCUGAUAAAUCCAUGUCAUCCGAUUGUGUGUUGUAACUAGCUAGUUGCUAUUUUGUUAAAUUAUUAAUUACAUUUGCUGAACGAAAGCCAUUUAGCUCUUUGUCAUGUCCUACGUUUUGGUAUAUUAAUUUGUUAGAUGCUCUUGCAUCGA